CUCUCUGUCUCUCUGUCUCUCUCUCUCCACAUAGAGAAGGAGGAAAAAGGGUUAGCGAAAUUCAAUCACUGAUCUCUGAAAAGGCUCCAUAUAAAAGAUGGCUGAUACUGAGGACAUUCAGCCCCUUGUCUGUGACAAUGGAACAGGAAUGGUUAAGGCUGGAUUUGCCGGAGAUGAUGCUCCAAGGGCUGUGUUCCCCAGUAUUGUUGGUCGGCCUCGUCACACAGGUGUUAUGGUUGGGAUGGGACAGAAAGAUGCUUAUGUUGGUGAUGAGGCCCAGUCCAAGAGAGGUAUUCUCACAUUGAAAUACCCCAUUGAGCAUGGAAUUGUGAGUAACUGGGAUGACAUGGAGAAGAUCUGGCAUCACACCUUCUACAAUGAGCUCCGUGUAGCUCCGGAAGAACAUCCUGUUCUCCUUACUGAAGCCCCUCUCAACCCCAAGGCCAACAGGGAGAAGAUGACACAGAUCAUGUUUGAAACCUUCAAUGUCCCUGCCAUGUAUGUUGCCAUUCAGGCUGUCCUCUCCCUAUAUGCCAGUGGUCGUACCACAGGUAUUGUGCUUGAUUCUGGUGACGGAGUCAGCCACACAGUCCCAAUCUAUGAAGGUUAUGCGCUCCCCCAUGCUAUCCUCCGGCUUGACCUUGCUGGACGGGAUCUGACGGAUGCCCUGAUGAAGAUCCUCACAGAGAGAGGGUACUCAUUCACCACGACUGCUGAGCGGGAAAUUGUUCGUGAUAUGAAGGAGAAGCUUGCCUAUGUGGCCCUUGACUAUGAGCAAGAGCUUGAGACUGCAAAGAGUAGCUCGUCAAUUGAGAAGAGCUAUGAGCUUCCUGACGGUCAGGUGAUCACCAUUGGCGCAGAGCGGUUCCGCUGCCCAGAAGUGCUCUUCCAGCCUUCUCUCAUUGGGAUGGAAGCUGCUGGUAUCCACGAGACCACUUACAACUCAAUCAUGAAGUGUGAUGUCGAUAUCAGGAAGGAUUUGUAUGGAAACAUCGUGCUUAGUGGUGGGUCUACCAUGUUCCCGGGCAUUGCUGAUCGUAUGAGCAAGGAGAUCACUGCUCUUGCCCCAAGCAGCAUGAAGAUCAAGGUGGUGGCGCCGCCGGAGAGGAAGUACAGUGUCUGGAUUGGGGGAUCUAUAUUAGCCUCACUGAGCACCUUCCAGCAGAUGUGGAUAUCCAAAGGCGAGUACGACGAAUCUGGUCCAUCUAUUGUCCACAGGAAGUGCUUCUAGAUUUGUGGGCUUUUGUUUGCUUGUUGAGUAUGUUUGGUGGUCUAUAAUGUCUGGUUGGAACGGUUUUUGGCUUGUUUUAAAAUUAUGUUUGAUUUUUUUCUUUCCAUAUUCUUACAACAUCUGGCUCUCUUCGACCCUCUUAUAAAUAUCUAUAAAAUACUAGGGAUAUGUGUACGUAAAUGUAAUUUGGAUUGAAAUUUCCAAAGGCAUCGCUAUUGUUUCA